ACGGGAAGGCACCGGGGGAAUGAUGAUGCCAGCCGUCCAGUCCUGAAGAGAAAAGAAGGAAAGUACAAAUCUAAACACAAACACGUUCUUGCUUCUUUUCUCACUGACAAGAGUCUGUAUCGACAAUCAAUCAUGGCUACACCUGGUCAGCCCGCCACUGACGGCAUGGCCGACAUCAUCCAUGCUCUGGAAGUCUCCCAUAGUCCCAUGUCUUCGAACGCAUUACGUGCAGAAGCCCUCCAGUAUCUUGAAUCGAGAAAGCAAGAUGAACGCGCGGCACAUACUGGAUAUCUACUUGCCUCAGAGAUCAAUAAUUCGCCGUUGAUCAGGCAUUUUGGCCUGUCACUCCUUGACCAUGUCCUGCUUCAUACUGGAUUCGCCUUGUCAAGCACUCAGAUCAUGGAACUCAAGGAAAUGGUCAUAGAACUCUCGCGAAGAAUACAGCCAACUGACCCGAGCUACUAUCGCAACAAGGUUGCCCAGCUGUGGGCCGAGGUGGCGAAGAGGAGCUGGGGUAUCGACUGGAACAGCAUGGACCUCGAUCUGUAUAAUCUGUGGAAUGGCGGUCCUCUCCAUAAAGAAAUUGUUUUGUCAAUUUUGGAAACCCUUUCAGAGGAUAUUUUCUAUCGAGAGGAUACUGCAUCGUCCUUAAGGGGCACGGAUCUCAAUAGGGCAUUGGUCGAGAUCUUCACGCCGCUUGUUGUGUUUCAAGAAACAUUUCCAGAAAGGGAACACCACCGACAGGAAAUCCGGCAUCUGAAUGAUGGCUGGCUCUCAAGGAUAUGUAUAUUCAUGGACGAGUGCCUUGGAAGUGUGAAUACCUCACGCGAAGCAAAGGACUGUACAUUGAAAGCUCUUGCGGUACUGCGGUCUGCACUGGUCUGGUCUAUUCCGAAGGCUAUCCUGACAUGUGAUAUUGUUACGGGAAUAUGUCGCACUCUCACAUCACAAAAUGAACACAUUCUUCUGGCCGCUAUAGAAGCCUUACAUUCACUGUACAGCAGGUCAAAUGUCGAAGUCGAGGAGUUUGCGCCUUUGGUAGAGCAGAUCUACGAUGUAGAUCACUUGGUACUUUUGAGACGAUUAUAUGAGUGGACUGCCGUUGAUGCUAAUGACAUUGACGAGACGAGAUAUAACAUAUGCAAAAAAGUAUCCGAGCUGAUGUCGUAUGCGGCGGCUUUCUUAGAAGAUAAGGAUCUUGAUUUACAGAGCGCAUCCACAUCUGAUAUACCUUUCCUUUUCGAGUUCUUGAUUGAGAUUCUCCGCCACCAGAGUCUUACUGUCUCAAUCCCGGUCUUGCAUUCCUGGUCACGUCUGCUCACAGCAGAAAGAGUCGAACAAAUGGAGUUCGUUACACGUUUGAUUGCACCCUUACUAGAAAUCUGCACUCAACGCCUAGUUCGCUGGGAAACCCUUCCCGAGGACUCUGACGAUCCCACAAUCCUUUUCCUGAACGACGACAUCGAUACGACACCGGAGCGCCACGCUUUUGUUGGUAAUUACCGCCGCUAUUGCUCUACUGUGAUAGAGGUCAUCGUCCAGAAACGACCCUAUGAAGCUAUUCCGCAUAUUCUUUCCGGGGUGGAUCAAAAUCUCAACAAUCUUUACAAUGGUGUUCAGCCCUUCAGCGCCGCAUCAUUUCAGAAAGCUUCGUUCCCACUUAUGCGUGCUGACACGCAAUUUUCUGUGGUCGAAGCGACUCUCAAGGGGUAUCAAAAGUGGAUUAUAGCACAUGGACGCAGCCCUCAAGAAGAUGAACAGCAGCGAACUCAACUUGAGCAAGCGAUUGAGAAUUGGGCUAUGAGCUUGAUGCAAAGGAAUCUCGAGGACCCCGUACUCAAACAGAGAGUCAUAAGACUUGUUGUUGAUAUAUCUUCGAAGGCGCUUGAUAAAACACCAAGCUUUGCGCUGAAGGUUUUGGAACAUAUUUUGAUGACACAUCUCGAAGACCAACCACAAUACCCAGCUUACUCGGAUGCAGUCAGAGAACUCCACAGCCUCGCAAGUCACGAGUUGCGUAGACUGUCAAUGCGAUAUGCUGAUUAUUUCUUCACGUUUUAUGAUGUCUUAGAGCCGAAAGUACGGGAGAUUGCGGCUGCACACCAAUUAGACGACAAACUGCAGACCGAGCUGAUUUCCGUUUUAUUGAUCAUCACGCAACGUACGAAGAACGUUGAUCCUCGUAUUCGCGAAGAAAGACUCAAUUCCUUCAUGGAACCAGUUCGAAGUGCAUGGCAGAACGAAGAGUUUAGGAGUAUGUCGUCUUCUUUUAGUGGAUUUUGUGAACUGCUCGGACUCCAAAAAGUGGGGCCAUACAUGCAAAGCAAGCAAGCCGCAAGCAUCGAAGAUUGGUCAGCUGUGCCACUGGAUAGUGUUGGAAAGGAAAUUCAAGGCGAGCUGGCGAGGCGCUUUCAGCAACUUCCUCUACGCGGAACCAAGACCUUGCUCGCUGUGUCAACAGAAAAGCUCAAACGAACUGAUCCUGCGUACGAACUCGGAUGUGCUCUUUGGCGGGAUGUGAUACCUACCAUUCUCCCUACAUUAUUACAGCUGAUUGGUCAUGCCCAUGCCUUUCACAAUCCUGCAAACUGGAGUGACCUUUCUCGAGAUAUGAGGACAGUAGUCGGCCGAAUCCUCACAGAUCGAUUUUGGCAAGCUGGAAUCUCGACAGGUAGCCGGGAUGACUUUUACGCUAAAAUCACUACGUCGAAAGCUACAUUGGAAGGAUUUGCUUCAUCAGUUCGAGGCAAAGUUAGGGCUGUUCGAGAGUCCUGCUACUCUAUGCUUUUCAGCAUGAGUCGUCUACGGCAAUAUUUCUACGGGUUUGAGGAACUACCAGGACCUUUAUCAGAGGCACUGUUCAAAGAUUCGACACAUUUAUCGUCGCAUCAAUUUUCUAUUCUGCUGAACAUAUCUCGUUGUCUCAUUGAUGAUUGUCCGGUUCAAUUUCGCGAGCACUUUUUGCCACCAAUGAUAAGUACCUUGUUCAAGCAAGUCGACAAGAAAGUUACAGAGGAAUGGGACAAUAUAGAACAACGCAAGGCAGGUCUCGUUGAAGGAGACCUGACUGAAGAAAUGAAGGAUGAGAGUAUCCUUCGGCAGCUCACCUACUCCGCGGUUAUCAUGGUGGCCAGUCUUCUGGAUCCCCAGAGAGGUGAUCCGGAUACAACGACCAGUGAUGACCCAAGCGCACCCCAACCACCAGUAUCUCUGGAAAGCUCCAUGAGACACUUUGUUCUCUCUAAUCCAACAAUAUUAGAGCCGGUCUUUAUGUUUUGUACUCAUGCUCUACGCAUGCGAGACACAAGAUGCGGUAGCAUCAUUACUAGAGUCCUUCGUUCUAUUCUUGUCGAUUUCGCACCCCCAGUCAAUACUCCUACAGCAAUUACUAUCCGAGAGUUUAUAUCUACCGAAGUCCUCCGGGCGUGCAUCACAUCUGUUCAUGAACCAUACUUUGUCGAUAUGCAACGAGAUCUUGCAACACUCAUCGCUUCAAUAUGGGUACUCUACGGCUCCAGCACAUCCACACCGCGCUCAGUCAUGUUAAGUCUUCCUGGCUUGAAUGAGCAGCGGGUCGCUCAAACCGAGACAGCACUGAUGCGCUCAACCUCUGGUCGACAACAACGUGCCCUUGUUUUGGACUUGCUUGAGGGCUUACGCGGCGUUAGUAUCUCCGAGCAAGGAAAGAUUCUUGGUACGCGUGAAGACCGUCGAAAGGCUCGUAGCGCAAUGCAACAGCGGUACAUGUCCACUGCUCCCGCGGAUAUGGAAGGGCAACAGAAAACAAAAGUAAACAUUGAUGAUGGGCCGGAUCUUGGUGGUAUAGCAGACAUGUUUGGUUAAAGAUAGACGCACGUCGCUUAUGGCGGGGACUUGGGAAGGCUGUUUGAUACGAAGCGGUAGCGUUACUUAUCUCAUUACCUUGCGUAUAAUACAUAAAAAUAGACUUAGUGUAGGAAUUAUCAAGCUAAAUCAACAAUUGAAAUA